AUGGCGCUGCGGCCGCCUAUUCAGGGGUUGGCCCAGCCGCAUGAAAGGCCCAAGAAGCAGUGCCACAUUGAAGACGCCCCUUGGAACACAAAAAAGAACCAGGGCUUAACAGCCACCGGCUACAACUACACCUACAUGCCCAACCAGUUCAACCACGACACGCAGGACGAGGCCGGGCUGGAGGUGCACCAGUUCUGGCCGCUGGUGGAGAUCCAGUGCUCCAGCGACCUGCGCUUCUUCCUCUGCAGCAUGUACACCCCCAUCUGCCUGCCCGACUACACCAAGCCGCUGCCGCCCUGCCGCUCCGUCUGCGAGCGGGCCAAGGCCGGCUGCUCGCCCCUCAUGCAUGGCUUCGCCGGGCCCGAGAGGAUGAGCUGCGACCGCCUGCCGGUGCUCGGGGACUCCGAGGUGCUCUGCAUGGGGUACAACCGCACAGAAGCCACCACCCUGCCGCCUUUCUUCGGGAAGCCCACGCGCCCAGCCAAAGACGCGGCCAAAAACCUGACGCCGCUCGGCGGGCAGCGCCCCUCGGGGCCGGACUGCGGCCGGACCUGCAAGUGCAAAGCGCCCCUGGUCCCCAUCUCCAAGGAGUCCCAUCCGCUGUACAACCGCAUCCGGACUGGGCAGGUACCCAACUGCGCCAUCCCCUGCUACCAGCCCUACUUUACCCAGGAUGAGAAGACCUUCGCCACCUUCUGGAUUGGUCUCUGGUCCAUCCUCUGCUUCCUCUCCACCUCCACCACCGUGGCCACCUUCCUCAUCGACAUGGAGCGCUUCAAGUACCCCGAGCGCCCCAUCAUCUUCCUCUCUGCUUGCUACCUCUUUGUCUCCGUGGGCUACAUCGUGCGGCUGGUGGCAGGGCACGCCAGCGUGGCUUGCAACCCAGAGCACCACCAUAUCCACUAUGAGACCACAGGCCCUGCCCUCUGCACUGUGGUUUUUCUUCUGCUCUACUUCUUCGGCAUGGCCAGCUCUAUCUGGUGGGUCAUCCUCUCCCUCACCUGGUUCCUGGCUGCCGGCAUGAAGUGGGGCAACGAGGCCAUCGCCAGCUACGCGCAGUACUUCCACCUCGCCGCCUGGCUCAUUCCCAGCGCCAAAUCCAUCGCCGUGCUGGCACUCAGCUCUGUUGAUGGCGACCCAGUGGCCGGAGUUUGCUACGUGGGCAACCAGAGCCUUGAGAACCUGCGGGGCUUUGUGCUGGCGCCGCUCGUGGUUUACCUCUUCACUGGCAGCCUCUUCCUGCUGGCUGGCUUCGUCUCGCUCUUUCGCAUCCGCAGCGUGAUCAAGCAGGGCGGCACCAAGACCGACAAGCUGGAAAAGCUGAUGAUCCGCAUCGGCAUCUUCACCAUGCUCUACACUGUGCCCGCCACCAUCGUCAUCGCCUGCUACAUCUACGAGCAGCACAAUCGGGAGGCCUGGGAGCGGGCGCAGAACUGCUCCUGCCCAGGGGACCCCCCCCGCCCCAAGCCCGACUAUGCCAUCUUCAUGCUCAAGUACUUCAUGUGCCUUGUGGUGGGCAUCACCUCCGGUUAUGCUUGA